AUGCAUUGUUUCACAGCCGCCAAAUGCAGUGACACUCCCUGUAAGAAGGGCACCUGCCGGGAUACCGCGGGGAGUUACCAAUGUAGCUGUCCUCCGGGGUAUGCUGGGAAAAACUGUGAUAGAGUCGCUACGUGCAGUGAUGACCCCUGUCAGAGGGGAACCUGUCGUGACACGGGCACCAGCUACACCUGCUCGUGUUCUCCAGGAUAUGCAGGGACAAACUGUGACAGGGCCGCCAAAUGUAGUGACAGUCCUUGCCGGAAUGGAGCGUGUCUAGACACAUCAACAGGUUACCGAUGUACCUGCUCUCAAGGCUUUGCGGGAACAAACUGCGACAGGGAAUCUGCUUUAGCCGCCAAAUGCAGCGACUCACCAUGUAAGCAUGGGGCAUGUCAUGAUUCUACAGGAGGACACAACUGUAUUUGUACACCUAGGUAUACGGGGAAAAACUGUGACAGUGCUGUGACUUGUAGUGAUCACCCGUGCCAUCUUGGUACCUGUACAAAUACACAUAAUGGCGUCAGGUGCUCCUGUCAGCCAAUGUAUACAGGGACAUACUGUCAGACUAAGGUAACAUGUAGCAAUCACCCCUGUCAACACGGAACGUGUACAGAUGGAAGGAACGGGUACACCUGUCUUUGUGACGAGGGAUUCACUGGGAGCAACUGUGAUUCUAAGAUGACAUGUUCAGAUCGUCCAUGUCUACACGGCCAGUGUACUGAUAGGGGAUCAUCAGGGUUUCUAUGUAGGUGUAAUGUCAAGUACACAGGACAUACGUGCAAUACACUGAUAAACUGCAGUAGUCACCCGUGCGAUCAUGGAACAUGCCAAGACACAACUCGCGGAUUCUCUUGCACGUGUGACCUUGGAUACAAAGGUGAAACAUGCAACAUAUCUUUACAGUGCAGUGACAGUCCCUGUCAACACGGAUCCUGUCGUGAUGUCGUCCAGGGGUACACCUGUUCCUGCCAUCCGGGGUACUCGGGAAAGAACUGUGAUACAGCUACGACAUGCAGGGACAACCCAUGCCAGCACGGAUCGUGUACAGACCAAUCAGGGGGCUACGUGUGUAGGUGCUCGUCGGGGUACACAGGGAAAAACUGCCAAACAGCAGAACCAUGCAAGUCUAAUCCUUGUGGGCAUGGUCGAUGUAUCAGCAGAAGCGGUUCAUUCGUCUGUCAAUGUGACGCUGGUUAUACAGGACAAAAAUGCGACAAAAUGUUGACAUGUAGCAAUAAUCCAUGUGAACACGGUACAUGCAGUGACAGAGGAUCUGGGUUCUACUGUACCUGUAACGCUAAAUACACUGGGCUCUCGUGCAAUACACUGAUAAAUUGCAGCUCCCGUCCAUGUGUUCACGGUUCAUGCAGAGAUACCUCUCUCGGAUAUGUAUGUACAUGUGACCCUUCCUACAGAGGAGACAACUGCGACACACUAAUAAGGUGUAGUGACUCCCCUUCGCCUUGCCUUCGUGGAGUGUGUAAAGACACCGCUGCUGGUUUCGUCUGUGACUGUCCGUCUAAAUAUUCAGGGAGGACGUGUGACACUUUGAUAAAUUGCAGCUCCCGUCCAUGUGUUCACGGUUCAUGCAGAGAUAUCGCUCUCGGAUAUGUAUGUACAUGUGACCCUUCCUACAGGGGAGACAACUGCGACACACUAAUCAAGUGUAGUGACUCCCCUCCGCCUUGCCUUCGUGGAGUGUGUAAAGACACCGCCGCUGGUUUCGUCUGUGAUUGUCCGUCUAAAUAUUCAGGAAGGACGUGUGACACUUCAAUAAAAUGUAGCAGCCAUCCAUGUAUACACGGUACCUGUGUGGAUUCACAGCGAGGCUAUGUUUGUCAGUGCAACCCUGGGUUCACAGGGGAGAUAUGUAAUAUUCAGAUUUCCCUGCCACAGUUGUCACAAUCAUUAAGUAACGGGAAUGGUCUCUCAACAUUAGCUGGACACAUAUUGAUGCAAAACAAUGGACAUCCUAGCAGCCAAACACAACAAAACUCUGGAAACGCUCUAAGUCAUCAGAAUUUACAAAUUGGUCUUCAAAAUAUGACUUCACCAAUAGAUAAACCGGUUUAUGGAGGAAAGAGCGGAUCAAAGACUUCCCUUCCAACAAAUCAAAAUCCAACUUACAGCACUUCAAUAUAUAACGCUGUUGGUUUUACCAAUUCUAGAACAACUACGAAAACCAAAACAAGUGGUCCUAAUGGGAACAUUUUCGUAUCAAAUCACAAAGUUACACAAUCCUUAUUUGGCACAAACAAAUCUUCACGACAAACAAACAGUCAGCAAGGAGCAGGUGCUCAUUUGCACACGACGCGUUCAUUAGGUGUGUCUGCUGUGACGGGCUCUGUAUUUGGCAACAAUGGACCGGCAUCAAAAGUAACUCAGUCUCCUACCAUAUUUAGUGCCACGAUUAAAGUGACUCCUGGAGCUAACAUCAUACCAGGAUUUGGAGGAAUCAGUGGACAAGCCGGGAGUGGAGUGCAGGGUGGACACAGUAAUCAUGCUGGGGGUGGAGGUGGGAAUGGAGGUGGACAUGGAUCUGACAACACUGUUGGACCUAAAAUCACGACUGGUCAGAACGUUAAAGCAAACCGAGAGAAAAAAUUGCCAUUUGGCAUCAUUACUGCAACAGUGGGAGCCGCACUUGCUCUAUCAGUUCUCGCAACUGUUUGCAUAUGCUGUUAUUUCUUAUGGAAGCGCUCAUCGAAAAAGAACAGAAGAAAGAAGUUCCAGAGAUGGGACAAAAAGAUUCGACCACAACCUCCAACAAAACGUCCUAAGCGCAUGCGUUAUUAAAACAUUCAAAUUUACUUUUGUCUAAACUGAUAGCCUAUUAUUGAGACAGUAGUGCUCAUUUGACUCUGUUUAGUCAAGUUUUUAUCAAUCUAAUUUGAUUCAAAAGAAAAAAGGCUUUACCUAAAUUUGAAUUAUAUAUCUUGUGCUUUAAAAUAAUUGAUUCGUCUUUGGAACGUUGUGAAGUUCAUAAGCUGUAUGAUGUAGAUUCAAAUCAAAGUGAUGUAAGAACAUGUUGUCAUUUCGGUUUUGUAUAGGCAUUAUUUUUAAACUUUAAUAAAUCAACUUG